GUGACGUCACGGACCUGGGAAUCCCAACAAUCUAGUAUUUUACUUUUUAAACUGGAUUGACAAGCUUCAGACGAUAGAAGAAGUUAAGAAACGAUCAUUUCAUUGUGAUAAUAUAACUGUAUUUGUAGACGAAUAACUACCUGGCAGUUUUUCUCAGAGAUUUAUAGAACUACUUGUUUGUGUAAGUUCGCCAUAUUUUUCAAACAUGUCGACCAGGAACUUUGUCCAUCCUCAAAAUUUGGAAGCAGAAGAUUUGGUCGAGGAUUGUGCACCAUAUGCAGAUGGACAUGGAGUUUUUAAAAAAGUUGCAUAUGAUUCAACAUUCGAAAAGUUGGAUUCUGUGUGCGAUAGUGGUGUGGAUCUAAAAUCUUGUGGAAGUGCCUAUGGAUCUUUAUACGAGAAGGGACCAGAAACUUUUGUUCUCGAAGAAAGAUUAGAAAGCCUAACUCUAGAAAGCAGCAAAUGCUCUACAGAGGAAACAAAAUGUUCGUUAGAUGAUGGUUACACAAGCUACUCAAGUGCAAGUUUUGUGGACAUGGUGGACAUGGUGGAGGCGGAUCCAACGGAGCUGGCAUAUAGCCAGAAAUCCAAGUGCCAAAUAUCGAACGAAGUUCUAGAACUUUACAAUCAAGAUCUUGAUGGAGAUUCGCAACUGCACAUGGCAAUCAUAAAUCUGCUGGUCCCCAUUGCUUUGUAUAUCGUAAAGCAGGCUCCCCACAGAGAAUGGCUAGAUCUCCCAAACAACAUGCUUCAGACCCCCCUCCAUCUGGCAGUGAUGACGCGCCUUCCCCAGGUCGUGAAGGCGUUAAUUGAUGGUGGGGCUGACAUUGAGGCUAGGGAUUCCAAAGGGGAUACACCUCUUCACAUCGCUUGCAGAGAAGGUUUCGAUGACAUUGUCCAGAUUUUACUGAGCGUCAGAAGAAUCCAGGAUUUGGAAGCACGGAAUUAUGAUGGUCAGACCUGUUUGCACUUGGCAGCAGAGCACACCCACCUUCCAAUCAUUCGUCUAUUGGUUCUGUCAAGAGCCAACCUUAACACACAGGAUGGUAAGAGUGGAAAAACUGUUAUCCAUUACGCAGCAGAAAUGGGAAAUGUUUUACUUCUAGAGUUUUUACUGCAGUAUCCCAUCAAUGUUCACUCCAGAACGUAUAGUGGUCUGACGGCUAUCAUGUUGGCAGACGGACGGGGUUACCAUGACAUUGUCCAGCAGUUGCAGAAAUUCGGAGGCUCAUUGGAGAAUGUUACAUUUGAGGAGUCUUCAGAUAGUGAUGAAGAAAUGAGUUGAAACAACUUGUUUCAUUGAACGAGACAACAGGGUCUGCCCAUAGAGCCCGAAAAACUCCCCACAAAAUAGACUGUGAUAGCCAUGAUGGCUGAGGACGAAUGCCCUUACCUUCCUGCUGGCAGGACGGUGAUAAACUUUAUAGUCCAUGGUUGUGAUUUUUACAUACUUUUACAAAAUUACCAUCAAAAAUAGCUAAUACACUUGCUCAUCCACAGUGGAAACUCAGACAUGCAGACAUGGAGGAGAGGGUUUUAUAUGCAAGUGCUGAAAAAUGAAAAAAAAAUUGAUAUCUAAUGAAUUUAUCAUUGUAUAAAAUUGACAAGACUAUCAGACUUGCACAAGGCCAGUAAUAAUUUAAAACUUUGUAGAAAUCCUGUAUAUUUAUUAUUGUGACAUGAAUGUUGAAAAUUCUGUAGUACGAUAGUGAAAUUGUAACAUCAUUGUCAUUUGAUGGAUGUGUUUUGUUCUGUUAAUUUCAAGUAAAUGGAAAUAAAAGGAAAAAAAUC